AGCGGCGCAUGGAGACAGAGACUGCGUAGGAAGAGAUGUGUGACGCAACAGACGUUGCAUAAAUCUCAGCUCCGCCGACCGGUGUAGUCAGAAGUUACUGGUGGUUUGCUGUUUGUCUGCUUGUCCACGUAGUAUAUUCUCGUUCGUCAGCAGGUCAAAAUGCAAAUCUUCGUGAAGACCCUGACCGGCAAGACCAUCACCCUGGAAGUGGAACCCAGUGACACCAUUGAGAAUGUGAAGGCCAAGAUCCAGGAUAAGGAAGGCAUCCCCCCAGACCAGCAGAGGCUCAUCUUUGCAGGCAAGCAGCUGGAAGAUGGCCGCACUCUUUCUGAUUACAACAUUCAGAAAGAGUCGACCCUGCACCUGGUCCUACGUCUGAGGGGCGGCUGUUAAUUCUUUAGUCUUGCAUUCAUAGUGCCCAAUGAUGGCAUUACUCUGCACUCUAGCCACUUGCCCCAAUUUAAGUUUAGAAAUUACCAGUUUCAGUAAUAGCUGAAUCUGUUGAAAGUGUUAAUAAAGGUUUUGUUGCAUGGUAGCA